UGUAUCUUGAACCUCCACUAAAUGGAAUCGUCCAAGGUUUGGAUAUUGCACUCGGGCGUUGAUUGGCCCAAGCUUGCAUGACGAUGUCGACGGCACGCCCUACGCCGAUCGCCGCGGUGGCCGCAACACCUUGUCACGUACAAUAUAAUAGUAAAAGCUAUCAGAGCUAGCACUGAAGAUGGCAGCGCCAAACAACCUCAUCCUCUUCCACUACCCUUACUCGCCAUAUGCAAGGCGAGUCGUGUGGUAUCUGGCGCUACGAGGCAUUGAGUAUGCGCAGUGUCUGCAACCACCCGUCAUGCCACGUGCAGACCUCGACGCGCUUGGGGUGAAGUACCGUCGCAUACCGGUCAUGGCCAUCGGGCGAGACGUCUACUGCGACACCCGGCUGAUACUGAGGAAAUUGGAGGAAAGAUUCCCCAACGGUGCUCUUGGUGCCACCGGGCCCGAGCAGAAAGCGAUUGAACGGCUGUUGGAGAAGUGGACGAUUGAGGGACCCGUGUUCUCACGUGCGGCAUCGCUGAUUCCGACGUCGUUCCCGACAAUGAACGAUCCCACCUUCAUGAAGGACCGCACGCAGUGGUCAGGCAGACCCUGGGACAAGGCGGCCAUGGAGAAGGGAAGGCCCGAGUCGAUCGCCUACAUGAAGUCCGCCUUCGACUUCCUCGAAACGACGCUCCUAGCCGAUGGGAGGGAUUGGAUACUCAAGACCGAUAAGCCAUCCUUGGCUGACAUUGAAGGCAUCUGGCCGUUUGAUUGGCUCGUGGACAUGAAGGGCUCGCUGCCGCCCGAUGUCGUCUCCGCGCAGCAAUUCCCUCGCGUCUAUUCGUGGGUGUCGCGAUUUCGUGCAGCCGUCAAGGCAGGCAAAGCAGCGGUGCCCAAGCCGGUUCCGCUGAAGGGGCCCGAAGCAGUCAAGUUGAUCCUGGAGGCCGACUUUGCAGAGCCCAGCAGCGGCGUCGACGCAAACGAGCCGCUCGGUCUCACGGAGGGCAUCGAGGUAGAAGUAUACCCCACAGAUUCGGGGUUCCUCAACCGCGACCGGGGCCGUCUGGUGACGCUCACGCACAACGAAGUAGCGGUGACCUCUCGGAGCAGAGACGGGGGCAAGGAGAUCCGGAUUCAUGCCCCCAGGACGGGCUUCAGGGUCACAACGGUCGAGGCGAAGGCGGCUGCAGGUGCAAAGCUGUAGAUUGGACGCAUGUCGACGGGAGC